AUGGAUAUUGAUCAAGACGCUCGAAUCUCCGCCGCAUAUACAACGCGUCUAGACCAAACCCUCCAAGAUCUUCAAGAUCGAGUCAAGCAGCAAGAAGCCGCACUUGCAAAGCUCCGAGCAAAUACCUCAAUCCCCAUAUCUUCCGGGCCAUCACCCGACCCCAAAAUUCACCUCCACCAACUCCGCGCUCUGAAAAAAGCAUACGAUACCCUCUCCGCCUCAACCCCCUGGCUCCCACCCCCCAAAUCCGCCCUCCCCGCUCUCCUCGCCCACCGCACCACCACAUACUGCAUCCAAGAAACCCAAGAAUGCAUAACCACCAGCUCACAUGACCUCACCAGCACCACCACCCUCCUCCAAAAAGAAAAAUCCGACCACCAAGAUGCCCUCUCCAUCCAAUGCACGCUCCAAUCGCGCAUUUCCACCCUCACAACCCAACUCACGCAACGAACCCAAAAAUCCCCCUCCCAAAUCUUUUCCGAGCUGCAAUCCUCCUUCCAAACAGGCAAAACACACUACGACACCGAAACCGGCAAUCUCAUCCGCGCAUUCAAUGCCUUCAUCGAUACACAUCUCGCAUCCAUGCUCGCGGCCGAAGAACUGGGCGGCCCCAUCGUAGGCGAAAUGCUCUCCAUCACCCCGCAAACCCUCAUCGCCGGUUUCAGCACGCAGGGAAAACCCAAAAAGCCAAAGGAAAAGCCAAAUAUGGAUAAACGCCAGCGUCGCAUCGAUGAAAUCUGGGGUCCCAAACCUUCUCUCGACCAAGACGAUGACGAGGAAGAAGAAGAAGAAGAAUGGGACGAAACACGUGCCGCGGCAGCUGAAAUGCGCGAAUUGGCUGAAGAGCUGUUGAAUGGAUUGUUGGAAGCUGAUGAGAAUGGCUCGGGGGGGUAUGUCACGCUUGAAAGAGACAGUGCGGCAGCGAGAUUCUUGGUUAGGAGUAAAGUUGCGCAGUAUCAUUUUAAGGAUGCGAGGAAAUUGAAACUGGUUGAUUUUGAAAAGGAUAUUGUUUGA